GAGUUCAGUGUCCUCAUGCUACCCACUGAUCAUUCAGAGACGAACCUGGACUGCUGACUCUCAAGAUUCUGGGAGCGACACCAUGGACAACCCAGGCUUUCGGAGAGGGAGCUUCCACAGCAGCACCAGUGACGAAGAUCUGGUGGAGAUCUCGGGGGCCACCUUGGACUUCUCCAUGACAGAUGAUGUCCCUCCACUUGACAGAGACCUGGGAGAAUUCAUGUCAUACAAUGGAGGAGGGCUGAAUGUUCCAAAUAAGAUGAUGGACUUCUUAGAGGAGCCUAUCCCUGGAGUGGGAACUUAUGAAGAUUUCAAUACCAUUGACUGGGUGAGGGAGAAAUCCAGAGACCGAGACAGGCACCGAGAGAUCACCAAUAAAAGCAAAGAGUCCACCUGGGCCCUCAUUCACCGUGUGAGCGACGCUUUCUCGGGCUGGUUGCUGAUGCUGCUCAUUGGGCUCUUAGCAGGCUCCCUAGCAGGCUUGAUAGACAUCUCUGCUCACUGGAUGACUGACUUGAAGGAAGGAGUCUGCCUGAGGGGCUUCUGGUUUAACCACGAACAUUGCUGUUGGAACUCAGAACAAGUCACCUUUGAAGACAGAGACAAAUGCCUCGAGUGGAAUACCUGGUCUCAGCUGCUCAUCAGCAAGUCUGAGGGAGCCUUUGCCUACAUCCUCAAUUAUUUCAUGUAUGUCCUCUGGGCCCUCCUGUUCGCCCUUCUGGCUGUCUCCCUUGUCAGGGUCUUUGCACCCUAUGCCUGCGGCUCUGGAAUCCCUGAGAUCAAGACGAUUCUGAGUGGUUUCAUUAUUCGAGGCUAUUUGGGAAAGUGGACGCUGAUCAUUAAAACCAUCACUCUGGUGCUGGCAGUAUCAUCCGGCCUGAGCCUGGGCAAAGAAGGCCCCCUUGUACAUGUUGCAUGCUGCUGUGGAAACAUCCUGUGCCACUGUUUCACCAAGUACAGGAAAAAUGAGGCCAAGCGACGAGAGGUUUUGUCGGCGGCGGCGGCAGCAGGUGUCUCUGUGGCCUUUGGAGCUCCCAUUGGCGGGGUGCUAUUCAGCCUGGAAGAGGUCAGUUAUUAUUUCCCCCUCAAAACACUGUGGCGAUCUUUCUUCGCUGCUCUGGUGGCAGCAUUUACUCUGCGUUCCAUCAACCCUUUUGGGAACAGCCGGCUGGUUCUGUUUUAUGUGGAGUUUCACACUCCAUGGCAUCUCCUGGAGCUUGUGCCAUUUGUGUUCUUGGGGAUCUUUGGGGGCCUCUGGGGAGCCUUCUUUAUCCGAGGCAACAUCGCCUGGUGCCGUAAGCGCAAGAACACCCAGCUGGGCAAAUACCCGGUGCUGGAGGUCCUUGUCGUGACAGCCAUCACAGGCAUCCUGGCCUUCCCCAAUGAGUAUACGCGCAUGAGUACCAGCGAGCUGAUUUCCGAGCUCUUCAAUGACUGUGGCCUCCUGGACUCCUCCCAGCUCUGUGACUAUGUGAACAACUUCAAUACCACCAAAGGGGCCAAGCUGCCAGACAGGCCUGCCGGGGUGGGAGUCUACACAGCCAUGUGGCAGCUCUCUCUGGCCCUUGUCAUGAAGAUUCUCAUCACCAUCUUCACCUUUGGGAUGAAGGUCCCCUCUGGUCUCUUCAUUCCAAGCAUGGCUGUUGGCGCCAUAGCAGGAAGACUCCUAGGUGUGGGAGUGGAACAGCUAGCUUACUAUCACCAUGACUGGCCCAUCUUCAGUGGUUGGUGCAGCCAAGGAGCUGAUUGUAUCACACCUGGCCUUUACGCAAUGGUUGGCGCGGCAGCCUGCUUAGGUGGAGUGACUCGUAUGACUGUGUCCUUAGUUGUCAUCAUGUUUGAACUCACGGGUGGCCUGGAGUACAUCGUGCCCCUAAUGGCUGCAGCCAUGACCAGCAAGUGGGUGGCAGAUGCCAUUGGGCGGGAGGGCAUUUAUGAUGCCCACAUUCGCCUCAAUGGAUACCCAUUCUUAGAAGCGAAGGAAGAGUUCACCCAUAAGACUCUGGCGAUGGACGUGAUGAGACCCCGUCGCAGUGACCCAACGCUCAUGGUCCUCACACAGGACAGCAUGACCGUGGAGGAUGUGGAGACACUAAUCAGCGAGACCACCUACAGCGGCUACCCAGUGGUUGUCUCGCGAGAAUCUCAGAGGCUGGUGGGGUUUGUCCUCAGGAGAGACCUCAUCAUCUCAAUCGAAAAUGCUCGGAAGAAGCAGGAUGGCAUUGUGAGCACAUCCAUCAUUCAUUUCACGGAUCAUUCACCUCCACUGCCCCCACAUGCUCCCCCGUCACUCAAACUUCGCAACAUCCUGGACCUCAGCCCUUUCACAGUGACAGACCAAACACCCAUGGAGAUUGUGGUGGACAUAUUCCGAAAACUGGGACUUCGCCAGUGUCUGGUCACACACAAUGGGAGGCUCCUGGGAAUCAUUACCAAAAAGGACGUAUUGAAGCACAUAGCCCAGAUGGCGAACCAAGAUCCAGAUUCCAUACUUUUCAACUGAAGUCCCGAGCCUCACUGGGAACGCGACACCCAGAAGAUGUGACGCCGGCACUGUUGUUUAGAAAACCUGUGUACCCGCUGCAGUGACUGGAGCAUUUCCCAUUUGGGAAGGAGGCUGAUAAUCAUGUGUUGUUUGGGACUGCCCUCUCAGCUCACCCGUUGCACUACAGAAUCUUCUCUUUUAGGAGAGCAUGCUCCUACAACGCAAAGAUUUCAUGAAGGAGUAAAAGAAAAUUGCCAUAGGAGAAUGCUCUUCCUUUCCCUUGUGCUCCCAUCCCGCUCUUUUCCCUCCCCCCUCUCCUCCCCUCUCCCCCCCCCCUUUCUU